AUGGAUUAUAUAUCUAUAAAAAGGAUAAGUGAACAUUACGCUACCAGAUAUGUAGAUUUAGACACUAUUGAGAAAGCUAUAAAAUCAAUCAAUAAAGGAAAAGCUGAAGAUGUAUUUGGUAUAUCUAUUGAAAAUGUAUUAUAUGCCGGACAACAAUUUAAAUUAUUUUUGCAUAAACUGAUUAAUCGAAUGUUCGAAGAUAAGGUACUUCCUGACAUCAUCAAAACAGGAUUAUUAUCACCAGUAUUUAAGAACAAGGGAGACAAAAACGAUGCCAAAUAUUAUCGUGGAAUAACAGUCCUUCCCAUACUUCUGAAGAUCAUUGAAUUUAUUUUACGUUUAGACCUAAGAUCUGGCUCUCUAAAAUUACAGUCCAUACUUCAAAAAGGUUUCACAGCAAAUACAUCACCUUUAAAUGCUGCUAUCAUUUUAGAAGAAGUGUAUAGGGAAUAUAUGGACAAAAAAUUACCUUUCUAUAUAGUGCUAUUGGAUGCAAAGUCAGCUUUUGAUGUUGUUGUUCUAAAAAUGUUGUUAAGAAAAGUAUAUAUAUCAGGCACUGAUCCAUCAUCCUGGCUACUGAUUGAUGAAAUCCACAAGAACACUGAAUCUCGAAUAAAAUGGUCAACCGAAAUCUCAGAAAAAUUUUCAGUUUUACAAGGAGUUAAACAAGGCGGUUUAUUGAGCGCAGAUCUAUAUAAAAUAUAUAUCGAAGAUCUUCUAAAUACAUUUGAAAAUACAACAUCUGGAUGUGAGAUAGGUGAAACGCUGAUUAAUGCAGUAGCAUGUGCUGACGAAGUAGCAAUUGUUAGUGAAAACCCACAUGAACUACAAUACCUUGUGAAUAUUGCUGCACAAUACAGUGAAGACCAUCAUUAUCUCUCACAACCACAAAAAAGCGUAGUUAUACAAGUACAACCCUCAAACCGGAAAAAAUCUGAGGAUCCAGUAAGCAUAUUUAUAAACAACAAUGCAAUGCCAAUUUCAGACAAAUCUCCACACCUGGGAAUUUUAAGAUCAACAACCAGUCAAAAAACACAAAAUGCUACUGUUGAACAGAACAUCACCAAAUCAAGAAGAGCUGCGUACAGCUUAAUGUCAGCCGGUAUGCAUGGAGAAAAUGGACUUGAUCCUAGUACUGCUAUUCAACUUUUUAAAACCUUUGUACAACCCAUCUUAACUUAUGGUCUCGAAGUCAUACUACCAACUUCAAAAAAUCUACUUAAAUUGGAAAAAUUUCAGAAGAAAAUAUUAAAACAAAUUUUAUCCAUACCUAUAUCAGCUCCGGAUCCAAGUAUUUACAUCAUGUCUGGCAUUCUACCUAUAGAAGCUCAAAUUGAUCAAAAAUCAUUAAAUUUAUUCAACAACAUCUGUAACCAAAAUGAAGAACAUUUAGAAAAGAAAAUAGCAAGGAGGCAAUUAAACGCAAAAAAUCAAGAAAGCAAUAGCUGGUUCAUAGCAAUCAAGAGAGUACUAUUCAAAUACGAUCUACAGUCACCAAUCGUACUUCUGAACGAUCCACCAACAAAAUAUUCUUGGAAGAAAUCCGUUCGUUUAGCAAUUGACAAUUACUGGAAAAAUGUAUUAGUACAAAAGAGCUGUACUUAUAAAUCGCUGAAAUACCUUGGAACCUUGAACAUUUCACCGGGAAAAUGCCAUACAUUAUUAUCCAUUGGAAAUACAAGUGACCCAACUAGAGAAGCUGUCCGAAUAUCUGUGAAACUAAAGGUUAUUACUGAUACCUACAUUUUACAAUCUCAUAGAUCAAGAUAUAAUCUAAAUGAAACUCCUACUUGUAAAUUAUGUGAUACAGAUAUCGAAGAUCGUUCUCAUUUCUUGCUUACGUGUAAAAUACUCCAAUGCAUUAGAGAAAGAUAUCUCAACCAAAUUGAUGAAAUUAUCUCCGAUUUCUUGAACUUUAGAAUGAGGGACAUACCAACUGAUGACCAACUUCAAAUUAUCUUGGACUGCACCGUGUUACUUUCUCGGUAUACAAAUGAUAAUACAUUGCUUCAAAGGAUAGAAGAUUUAUCAAGACAGUUGAUUUAUGCUCUUCACGUUGCUAGAUAUAGAACGUUGGACAUUAAGAAGAGAUAG